UAAUAUUAGCCUCAAUCAGAAUCAAUGAAGGCUGAAGUAACGCAACGACAUUAGUACCGAUAAUUGUAUCGCUCACAUGAUUCGCCUUCAUGCCUGUAUAAAGGAAAGCGGAUGCUGAGCGCAUCUUAGUUUGCAUGUAACGAAACGCUGCAAGAACGAUCAAGUAAAAAAUCGUAAAUCACAACGGCUAUCACGUUUUAUUGUACUGCAAUAUUUCAAUAGCGCUUAGUUGAACUCAAUGUUAAUUUCGUGACAAACGUACACGAUUGCAAAUUACAAGAUGAAAUAGCGAUUUUUAUGAAAAAUAAGAGGCAGAUUGGUUAUCUUAUAAAAAGGGACCAAUUGCGAACAGCAGCCAGUCAAGUUUUAACAACUGAUGGAGAACCAACGAAGAGGUUGAAUAAAUUGAUAAAACUGUAAUUAAAAACUUAGUCACGCGUUAAAUUUGGAGAAGAAUAGAAAAAUGAGAUAUUCAAAAGAUAAAAAGAUUCUCGAGGACGAGCAGUGCUUUGAGAUUGUGCAAAAGAAGUUGAAGAAGGACUCGAUGGAUGAUUUUUCAUUAAUCAAAUAUGAAGUGGUACCAUUUGAUGAAGUGCUUGGAUACAUGGGACAGUAUUACACUUUGAAAGCUACUGUGGGGUAUCCCAAAUCACCGUCUACUGAGAAGAUCAUCAACUUCUUUACGAAAAUACCACCUCCAAUGACCAGUCCCCAGUACGACUUCAUGCAGGAGCAAGGAACAUUCAGAAAGGAAGUUGCAUUGUAUACUAUGGUAUUUCCGGAAUUCUUAUCAGACAUGGAUACAAGAUGCAUCCCAGAAUGUUUUUUGGGCUUGGAGAAUGAUGUGAUAGUUUUAGAGGAUAUGGUUCACAGUGGCUUCAAAAUGACAGACAAGACAGUGCCCUUUGAUUUUGAUCAUUGUCAGGCCGUGAUGAAGACACUAGCGCGAUUUCACUCCAAGUCCUUAACUUUUGAGGAACGUUACAAAAAAAAUCUCAAUGAUACAUUUGGGCACUGUAUGCAAGAAACUUUAUGGCCUGUUAAAGGCGACAGAUCUAAGGGUUUACUGGAUGCUGCGGUCAAAGGCAAUCUGUCAUUGUUUGAUCUACUAGAAAAAUUGGAUAACGAAUCUCGAAAGAAAUUCAAAGAGAAGUUCAUGGAACUGAGUGCGGUUCAUGCGGAAAGUUUACUACCAUCGAAGAAAUUUAAAAAUGUCCUUUGUCAUGGUGAUUUAUGGGCGAAUAAUAUUCUCUUUAAAUAUGAUAAAGAUAAAAGACCCGUCGAGUGCUGUCUUGUAGAUUUUCAGCUUGCCAGGUACAAUCCGCCUGCACAUGAUAUCUUGUGCUUUUUGCAAUUUACGACAACACGUGAUUUAAGGGAGAAGCAUCUGAAGGAUCUUCUCAAGAUUUACUUUGAUACUAUGGCUUUGGUACUGAAAAAGGCUGAUUUUAAUAUUGACAAUGUUUUACCGUGGAAUGAUUUUAUUGAUUCCGUCGAAGACCUCAGAACAAUGUCUAUGACUCAUGGAACUUUGAACAUACCGAUUAUGUUGCUGGAAUCCGGUGUGGCUAGUAAGUAUUUUGCAGAAGAACCGCACUUGUUAGAGUCCAUACUUUAUUGCGAUAGGACACCGUUAGUUAAGAAACAAUUCGAAGAUGUACCACGAUACAGAGAUAGAUUAUCGGAUGCCAUGUACGAAUUGUAUGAUAGAUUAUUAGAUUGAUGUAUUAUUUAUCUUAGAAAUUGAAUUAAUAGGAUUUUUAUAAAUUACUCGAGACAGUUGAGAGGCCAUUGAUUCCAUAAUUUUGUAAAAUGGAGCUCCCGCGCAUUUUUUUAGUUUAAAAUAAUAGAAUAAUUGAAAAUACAUUAUGAAAUAUCUUAUCAAUAAAUACGUAAUGAUGCAAUCUAAAA